CUGAAGCUGCUGGCGCUCCCGCCGCCGCCGCCGCCGCCGCCGCCGCCGCCGCGUUCCCCGGGCCCGGCGCCUCCACCCCCAGGGGCAUGGGGGGUCGCUGACUGAGGCUCCGCCGCGGCGGUGGGGGGGGGAGGGGAAGGGGGCCGCGGAGCCGGGCCAGCCCUGCACCCACUCGCAGCCUCCGGGCCCGGGACGGAGCCGCUCCCCCCUUCCCCACCCCCCACCCCCCGGCCUCCUCCCCCGCCUGUCCAGGGGCGGCACUGCGGGCUGGGAAGCCGGGACCAGAGGAGGGAAGGAAAGAAGGAAGGAAGGAAGGAAGGAAAGAAGGAAGGAAGGAAAGAAGGAAGGAAGAAGGAAGAGAGGAGAAGAGAAAAGAAGAGAAGAGAGAAGAGAAGAGAAGAAGGAAGGAAAAGAAGAGGCGUCCAGAGGAGGAGAGGAGGAAAGGCAGGGCAGGCAGAAGAGAGGACGGCACUCCAGCGGCAGCAUCCAAAGGCCAGAGUGGGGACCCGUGCUGCCUCCGCCGCUCCUCGGAUGGUGACGGGGCCCCGCCGCGGCCGCAGCCCCCCCCGCGCCCCGGCUCCGCAGGCCCGCAGCGCCGGAGCCCCGCAGGAAUCAUGCCCAGGUCCUUCCUGGUCAAGAAGGUCAAACUUGACACGUUCUCCUCGGCGGACCUCGAGAGCUCCUACGGGCGCGCCCGCAGCGACCUCGGAGUGCGACUGCACGAGAAAGGAUACCUCAGCGACUACGCGGGGCCCGCCUCCGUCUACGAUGGCGAUGCCGAGGCGGCCUUGCUCAAAGGGCCGUCCCCAGAGCCCAUGUACGCGGCGGCCGUGCGUGGAGAACUGGGCCCGGCGGCCGCGGGCUCGGCACCGCCUCCCACCCCGCGCCCAGAGCUGGCCACAGCCGCGGGCGGCUACAUCAACGGCGACGCGGCGGUCAGCGAGGGCUACGCGGCUGACGCCUUCUUCAUCACCGACGGGCGCUCGCGCCGUAAAGCAGCCAACGCCGCCGCUCCCUCCACGGCCUCCGCGGCGGCUCCCGACGGCGACGGCGGAGGCGGGGCCGGGGCGGGCGCGCGCGGCGCGGGGGCCGGGGCCGCGGGCCGGGGCGGCGCGCGCGCGGGGGUGAGCACGGAGGCGCGCGCGGGGCCCGGGGCCGGCGGCGCAGGGGGCCGGCACGCGUGCGGCGAGUGCGGGAAAACGUACGCCACGUCGUCGAACCUGAGCCGCCACAAGCAGACGCACCGCAGCCUGGACAGUCAGCUGGCGCGGCGCUGCCCGACGUGCGGCAAGGUGUACGUGUCCAUGCCGGCCAUGGCCAUGCACCUGCUCACGCACGACCUGCGCCACAAGUGCGGCGUGUGCGGCAAGGCCUUCUCGAGGCCCUGGCUGCUGCAGGGCCACAUGCGCUCCCACACCGGCGAGAAGCCCUUCGGCUGCGCGCACUGCGGCAAGGCCUUCGCAGACCGCUCCAACCUGCGCGCGCACAUGCAGACGCACUCGGCCUUCAAGCACUUCCAGUGCAAGCGCUGCAAAAAGAGCUUCGCGCUCAAGUCCUAUCUCAACAAGCACUACGAGUCCGCAUGCUUCAAGGGCGGCGCGGGCGGGGGCGGCCCCGCGGCCCAGGCGCCCGCCGCCUCGCCGCAGCUCAGCCCCGUGCAGGCCUAGGGCGGCGGUGCCUCCGCCAGCCCAGCCGGGGCGGCUCUCAGCAAUACGGGCCCCCAGGGAAGUCUCCGCCAGCGCCCGGGCGGGGGUGGGGGGGGGGUGGGCGGAGGGCGGGCCCCUCCUCACAGCAAUAGAGGGAGGGGGCCCGGCCCCGCCCCGCCCGCCAGGGGCCUUGUCGGCCCCUUCAAGCAAUAGGGUCCUGAGGGGAGACCCACCCCGAACCCCCUCCCUUCCCCUCCAGGGUGCCCCAGGCUUUUUCCCAGCAAUAGGGUCGAGGAGACCCAGAACCGAACCUCAUCUCCGAGUUAGGUCUCUGAAGACCGGGGUGGGGUGAGGUGGGGAGCACCCCCCCUCCUCCCUCCUCUGCGCCCCUGGAUCGCGUCGCAGAGACUCAGGUCUUCCCCACUCCUUUCCCAAACCUUCCAAGGGCCAGGCCUGCGGCCUAGACGUCCGGGGAGCAGACCGGGGACGGGGGGGGGGGAAGAGGGGUAGAGCAGGAGGGAGGGGCCUGCAGAGGCGUCCCUACUCCUCAGUCUUCGCUGAAGCCCAGGAGUGAUAGACGCGUUGGGGAUCGGGGAGAGAGGCGGACGGCGGCACCCCUCUCCCUCGGGUUCUUUCUGGGGCCUCAGUCCAAGCCGCUCUCCCACCCUCGCCCCGCAUCCUCUGCCAAAUCCGAAUUCUUCCAGCCCAGCUUCCCGGGCUCUGUCCUUCAUAACGAAUAAUAAUGACGCAUAUCGAAUCGCAUGGACUUAUCCGACCUCCUCAGACCCCACUCCCGCCCUGCCCCGGGGCCCCCUCCCUCGUCCCCCGGCAUUCGGUGUUGGAGGACGGAUCCUGGGGCCCGGCAGGCAGGCCUGGGCACGGCCCAUUACACACCUCUCUGUAUUCGCUUUGCGGGUAAAGCCCCCUGGGGGGGUUGCGGACGCGUCGGGUUUCUUUCUUUCUGUAUUUGUACGUUUUAUUUAUGAACGGAUUGCACUCGGGUCAGGGAAGGGGCGCUGAGGCCCCCAUCCUUCCCGCCGACGCCCGGGGCUUGGGAUGUCCGGGAUCACUUUCCCCGCCCCCGAACCCCGCCCCCCACCUGGGCCCCACCCUCGAGCCCCAGGCCCCGCCCCCACUCUGUUGCCAACUUUCGCCCGUCUAUGCCAAAGCCUCGGCGGCGACCCCGCCCCAAGGGCCCGCCCCAUUGGCCGCCGCCUUUGUGACGUCACUGCAUGCAGCCCCAGCCCUCCUCCCGUCCCUUCCCGGGGCUGCCCGCUCCCUCUCCCUCUUAGUUAGUCCGAUGCCGACUAUAGAGCAAUAAUGCGCACUGCAUGCGAAGCUGCCGCCGCCUCUAGAGUUACUGAGAAUCAGGUAUCCCCCUGCCCUAUCCACCCCAUAGGCCCCUAGAUCAGGGACAUUGCGCGGGGCCGGACGCGCAGACUUUCUUCCCCUCCUCCUCCCUACUCCCCCCACGGCAGAGCCCUGCGGGUGUAAUGGUUCCAGGGGGCAGGGGCGGGGUGGUUGCCCCCAAGACCCCUCCUUCAGUCAUUCAUUACCCACCAACUGUUCAUUGGGCACCUACUAUGUGCCAGGCCCGCUGCAGAGUCGGCCAGGGAUGCAGCGGCCUGCAGGGGCUGCACGCUCGUGACAGGCGUCCAUCAGGUUUGGGUGGGCCAAGGAGGGCCGCACAUGCAGAGAAAGGCCUGGCCCCUAGACCCAACCCUGCAUCCCCUUUACCUCUUCCCCACCCCGGCCCGGGUCCAGUGCUGGGUGCACUUGGGCUCUACCUUUGACUUGGGCCUAGCGUUCUCAGCUCAGGUGGCACAGACCCAGGGCCCCCAAGGCCCAGCGCGACCAGGGCCACCCAUAACGACUCUCAGUCCUUCCAUCUCUCGGCCACUUAGGCUCUGCUGUGUGGGGCCAAGGCCCCAGGCCAGACAAAAGGUGCACACUGCAGUGUAUGACCUGGUCAGCGCCACCCCAGUGGGCACCGAGUUGCCGCCGAGCCGCACCUGCAGGAGCAGACUGAGGGCCCAGCGCAGCAGGGCCCGUAUCCAAACCCUCUAUACCGCAACUCGUGUCCACACAGCUCCCAAGCUGGGGCCUGCCCUCCUGUGCUGGGCACACCCGCAUGCACACGCACACACAGGCGCCCCACCCAACCCCCACACGCCUGUCUACCUACCUAAGGAGAAGGCCAGAGGGCCGUGGGCCGGCCAGGGUCUCCCGCUUCUCCGUACACCCCGCCGCCGUGGAAAGCCAUGGGCCCCCUCCCGCCCCCAUAACUAAGCAGCACAAUAACCGACUUAGCGAAUUCAGGUAGAAGGAACGUUUAGGUAGCACCUAUUUUGUACUGAUUCUACGAGUAGGGCCCGAGAUGCGGGGGCCCUCGGGUGGGGGUUGCGGCCGCCGGCCUGCCCCGCCCCCACCCCCGCCUGCGCCCCGCCGCCUUGUACAUACUCCCACCCGGAACAGGCCGGGAUUUUUACUCGGGCCGCGCCCCUCUUCCGCCCCCGUUUGGGGCUGGGCCGGCCGGACAGACGGACGGACGGACAGACCUCCUUCCUAAGCACAAUAGCACCAGCUCCCCGGAGCGCCGCACCUCCACGAGGAGAAUAAAUGCCACUCUUGAUAGAA